AUGGCGACAGGUUUUGUUAAGGCUGCACUAUUCACGAAGUGACACUUUAAAGUCCGACCCAAACCAAAAGACCAAACCCAUCUCUAUCUUUUUGUCGUUUGAAACUCAAAUCUCAGAUCCCAGAUAAGAGUAGCAGGACAGGGGCCCUCUGCAGUGAUAAUGAAGGGGUAAAAUUUCCGAACAGAGAAAGAUACAGAGCUACUGUACAAGAAGGAGAUGGAGAUGGAGAGGUCAGCUUACUCUUGCCCACGAGUGAGUAGACUCGUUUUACUCUUUCUCUGUUGGUUUGCGGCGGCAAUGGAAGCAGAGGCUAGGCCGGGUUUUCUCUACACAACCACCAGAGGAAGGUGCACCCCACAGUUUUGGAGCAGCAGGAAAGAGCCAUGGCCGCGGAUGGUACCACAGGGAUCAACAGUAUCAAAGGUUUUCGGUUCAAGGGCGUUCGAGCGAUACAGAUACGACCUGACACUGUUAGAGGCGGCGGCAAGGAACGACGACGGGGAUAAUGCUUUCGCGGGGCUGGUGAAGCAGUCGACGGCUGCGCUGCUCAACUCCUACGCCAGAGAUGGGUUUCCUUACACUGCUUGGGAAGUGAAGACUCUGCUUAUUCAAGGUUUGGUUUCUGAAAAGGCAGCUUCAUUUCAAGCCCAGCGUUUCUCUGAGGCCAAUCAGGCUUGCAAUUAGUUAGUGGUACUGGCCCAAUUGAUGUGUUUUGUUCAGGGCUACUUUUGGUUUUGUGUUGUGGAAUUAAUACUACAUCGUAACAACCAGUAAAUUUUCAGUCACGGAAUUAUAUCUCGAGAUUCUAGUGC